GUUUCAUUCUGUAAGUGACUGCUCCAUAGGGAGAACUUGGACACGGGCAUUUCGGAUACUACCCUAACCAGCGCUCAUACAGGCAGGCACUGCCAGCACACACCCCCCAGCCGGACUUUGUGCGUGUAGCUUGGUCGGGACUACACAUUGUAAUUAAAAAGGCAGACAGCAUAGUGGUUGUUCUCUGCUGGAUUCAGCCGAUAUUUCUCUCGCACACCCAACAAGCAUCUGCUGAACCUGAGCGGAGAGGUGCAGAAGAUGAUGACGGGCCUACUACCAUUUUAUACAGUACUACUUCUCCUGGCAGAAGCACUUCCAGCCCAUUCUUGCCCUACAGGCUGCAUAUGUAUGGUGGAAAAUACCGUGUUCUGUGUUACAAAAAAGGCUGCCCUAAUUCCUAAUGGUAUUCCAGCAGACACAGAGAAGCUCUAUCUGUUUGAAGUCGGCAUUACAACACUAGAUGAACAGGACUUUUUGGGGCUUUCACAACUCCAGUUCCUAGAUCUUUCUCAAAAUAAAAUAUCAGACUUGAAGAAGAACAUAUUUCAUCAGCUGCCAAGUCUCCGUAACCUAGACUUAUCCUCCAAUCAGAUUACAGAAAUUAGCAAUGAAACCUUCAGUGGCCUUCAUUUGCUUGAACGUCUCUAUUUGGACAACAACAAAAUUCAGCAUAUCCACCCCAGUGCCUUUGAUACACUUGAGAUGCUUCUUGAACUGAAACUUCAGAAUAAUCAGCUUCAUGUCGUACCUCCCCUCAAACUUCCCAGCCUCCUCCUGCUUGACAUAAGUGGUAAUAAAAUCCCCCUUCUCACACGUGACAUAUUCCUUUCAGUCAACAUUGAGUCGCUUAAAAUAGCCGGACUAGGCAUUACCUCCCUCGAUGAAGAUCUUUUUGAAAACCUGAAAAAUCUUCAUGAAUUAGACCUUUCUGACAACCAGUUACAGAAUGUGCCAGCUGCCCUUUUAAAGCUUCCCAUGCUAACAAAGCUAAAUAUUUCAAGCAAUGGUCAAAUCUCCCAGCUGCAUGCAACUGAUUUCUACAACCUCCAUGUCCUUCAAGAGCUAGACAUAAGCAAUAUGAAUCUGAAAACAAUACCAAGUGACUUUAUUUCUGCAAUUCCUAAUGUCCAGACUCUCACCGCAGCAGGAAACCCAUUUAACUGCGUCUGCCAGCUGAGCUGUUUUAUAGAGUGGGUCCACAUUAAUGGUGUGACUCUCAAAAGGCCUGAAGAGACAAGAUGUCACUUCCCGCCAAUCAGUGCUGGAAAACUUCUGCAAAGUCUCAAGCACAGUGACCUAGGAUGUCCAACCACCACCCCUACCACUACUUCAAGCACCACCACCACUUUGAAGCCAGUCAUUGUAGUCGUUAGCAGCCAACCGCCUCCAGUUAUGCAUGCUACUUCAUCUGUUACUCUCAAAGCUGACCCCAAGAGGAGAGUUUUAACAACAAGGGCUCCAGCUGAUGUCAAUAUAAAGACCAGUCCAAAGGUGUCUGUCUGUCCAGAGAGCAUCUGUCUUCAUGGUGGUACCUGUUACCUCGAUAGGUAUGGCCAGAUUCAGUGCAUGUGCCCCACCAGUUUUAGUGGUUCAUACUGUGAGAGGAAAGUGCAAGUAACUGUUGCUCCGACUACAGCAGAACGUGUAGGUUAUCCCCCUCGAAUACACCUGAAACGUAUCACAAGUUCAUCUGUGACAGUUGAUCUGCAGAGCUAUGUUUACUCAAGAUCUCCACUAAGAGGGGUGCGACUUAUCUACAGGAAUUUGUCUGGUGCUGACAACAGACCUAUACUGCUUAGCCUGCCAGCCUCCCUUGCGGAGUACACAGUUCGUGCCUUGAUACCAAAUUCUACAUACUACAUUUGCUUAGAACCACUUGGUGAGAUGGAUCCCAAGGAAGAAGCCUGUGCAAUGGCACAAACUGAGUCCAUAGAAGGCCCUGAGCCAUACCAUACAGAAAUUCCAUCAGAUGACAACACUUUAGCGCUGAUACUUGUGCCAUCCUUGACCGCAGGUCUCUUGGUAGUUGUGGCUGCAUUGGCAGCCACCUGGUACUACUGGAACAGACAUAGCAAGAAGCACAUGAAGAAUGGAGCAGCAGGCCCAACCCCCCUAGAACUGAGAACGUGCCUUGACAAUGGGGAGUUGCCAAGCCAAAGUCCUGUAUCCUAUGACAAGGCAGCAUCACCAACAGGGGCAGGGACUUCAGAAUGUGAAAUACUGCUAAUGCAGCAAUCCUGCCCUACGAACAAUAACUGUACCAGUCUGAAACCCUCUUACUUCUGAGGAAGAGCAAAUGGUCCAAAAGACUUAUUUCAAUGGAAGGAUAAAUUGUCUAGGUGCUGAUGAUGGUUCAUUCUAGAACUGUUUCUAGUGAGUUCAGUAAUGGAGGCUCACAGUAAGAAUGAGGUCACAGUGCCACCAGAAAGGAUGAACUACUUCCACAGCCUCCACAGAGCAAGGGGGCCGCCUUUGCAAAUACUCAUGACACUGAUUUUCAGUGCAAAGAAAAUACAUUACUCAAGUGCUGUGAGUCUGAACUAUAUUCAUGGGUCUGUGCCAAAGGGAAACCAUCCGCUGGUGCUGUACAAGAGACAUGAAGCAACAGCGUAGGAAGCAUCACCUAGCCACACAAUGUAAAAAAGAUCUACAGUGAACAAAACUUUGUGUAUAUUCUGGAUAUUUAUAUUUUGUGCUUUUUUAUUACUGUCUUGCACCUCAUCAGAAAUGAGGUGGGACUCCAGAACUGGAAUGCAAAAAUAUGUGACUGAGCAUAUUUAAUAAGUGAUUAUCUCCCAUUUCUGUUGGGAGGCCAAUUUUGUAAAUGCAAAUUCAUGUACUGCUGUGUAUAAAGGACAAAGCUUUUGUAUAAAAAAUGCUGUAUGUCACUCAUUUCUUUGAAAAGUAACAUUCAGGUGUCCUGAGCUCAACUGUAAUAUGUGAGGUAUAAAUCUUAGUACUACCAGUUUUAUGCAAUACAAGAAGAGAAUAGCUGCUCAUCUGGCAACAGACUGUCGUUCAGUUGAGUGUUAAAACUGAGGUCUUGACUUUUCAGCAUACAUACUGUCAUUGUGGAUUGCAGGUUUCUGAGAAUGGAAGUAUUCCCAGUGAAGUAACCUAAGCUCUACUACUGCUA